AAAAUCUAAAUCUUAGAAGUGUGCCUUUUGCUUCCUUCCUGACUUUCUCUCUACGACAAAUUACGAAGCUUCUCUCUUGGACGACGACGACACAAUGGUUCUCGAGGCGACUAUGAUAUGCAUCGACAACUCCGAGUGGAUGCGAAACGGCGAUUACUCUCCGUCUAGGUUACAGGCUCAGACAGAAGCUGUAAAUCUUCUUUGUGGAGCGAAAACCCAGUCCAAUCCGGAGAAUACGGUGGGGAUUUUGACAAUGGCUGGCAAAGGAGUUCGAGUUUUGACUACGCCUACCUCUGAUCUUGGCAAAAUUUUGGCCUGUAUGCACGGCCUUGAUGUGGGAGGAGAGAUCAACUUAACAGCGGCCAUCCAAAUUGCUCAGCUAGCUCUUAAGCAUCGCCAAAACAAGAACCAACGCCAAAGGAUUAUAGUUUUCGCUGGAAGCCCAAUCAAGUAUGAAAAGAAGGCCCUAGAAAUAGUUGGAAAAAGGCUUAAGAAGAAUAGUGUCUCUCUUGACAUUGUCAAUUUUGGGGAAGAUGAGGAUGAGGAAAAGCCUCAGAAGCUGGAGGCGCUCCUUUCAGCUGUGAAUAAUAAUGAUGGUAGCCACAUUGUUCAUGUUCCAUCUGGAGCUAAUGCUCUCUCAGAUGUGCUGCUCAGCACACCUGUAUUCACGGGUGAUGAGGGUGCAAGUGGAUAUGUUUCUGCGGCAGCUGCUGCAGCUGCAGCAGGUGGGGACUUUGACUUUGGUGUGGACCCAAAUAUCGAUCCAGAGCUUGCUCUCGCCCUUCGGGUCUCCAUGGAGGAGGAAAGAGCAAGACAGGAGGCUGCUGCUAAGAAGGCAGCAGAUGAGGCAGGUCAGAAAGACAAAGAUGGGGACACAGCCUCUGCCUCCCAGGAGACAGUUGCAAGGACAACUGAGAAGAACGCUGAACCAAUGGAUGAGGACAAUGCGUUGCUAGAUCAGGCAAUUGCUAUGUCUGUAGGUGAUGUCAACAUGUCAGAAGCGGCUGAUGAGGACCAGGAUCUGGCUUUAGCUCUGCAAAUGUCGAUGAGUGGGGAAGAGUCAAGUGAAGCUGCAGGAGCUGGAAACCUCUUGGGAGAUCAAGCCUUCAUAUCGUCUGUGCUCUCAUCGCUUCCAGGAGUGGAUCCAAAUGAUCCAGCGGUGAAAGCGCUGCUAGCGUCUCUGCCAGACGAAUCAAAGCGGAACGAGGAAGAAGAGAGUAGUAGCAAAGGUGAGGAUGAGAAGAAGAAGUGAGGAAGGAAGAAAGGAGAAGACGUUUCAUCUCAUAUGGCUCUCUAAGUCUGGAAAAAAUAAUUCCUCUUGUUUCUUUGGUUUGAUAGAGAGAUUGGGAACUGAUUGUUAAAUUAAUCUCUUUACCUUUUGUGAACUUUUUAAGUUUGUUUCCUCUCUCUAUCUCUCUCGCAAUUUCUAUAAUGUUGUUGAUAUUUUACGAGUCA